UCAUGUUAUGUCAAUUGUCAAACUUCAAAGUCAACAUAUCGCAUCGAAUGAAUUGAUUUGCAAAUGCGCGUAGUUACGUAAAAUAUUUGUAUUUUAUUUUUAAGCUUAAUUGGAACACCACUUAGCUGGUGUAGGUUUUAUCAAAAUUAAAUAAAUAUAAGUGCAAUGCAGGCGCUCAAAGCAAUAGGGGCUUCGGCUCCAUCUACGGUUUUAUCCGUUUUAAAGAAAGGAGCCUUUACACCAAUUGUAGAUCAAGUACGCCAAACCCAUUUGCCGGCUCCAGACCCAUCAGAGAUGAGACCGUAUUCGCCUUUUCAAAAAACAUCGAACAUGGCAGAGUAUGCUGUCGCUAGGUUGGACGACUUACUGAAUUGGGGUAGGAAGGGAUCAAUGUGGCCCAUGACUUUUGGUCUGGCUUGUUGCGCCGUAGAGAUGAUGCACAUCGCCGCUCCUCGCUAUGACAUGGACAGAUAUGGUGUAGUAUUCAGAGCAUCACCUCGGCAGUCUGACGUGAUGAUUGUAGCUGGUACUUUAACAAACAAAAUGGCUCCAGCUCUAAGGAAGGUUUACGAUCAAAUGCCGGACCCGAGAUGGGUGAUUUCUAUGGGGAGCUGUGCUAACGGUGGUGGAUACUAUCAUUACUCUUACUCUGUUGUGAGGGGUUGUGAUCGCAUUGUGCCAGUAGAUAUCUAUGUGCCAGGCUGCCCGCCAACCGCCGAAGCUCUGCUCUAUGGUGUUCUCCAAUUACAAAAGAAAGUUAAAAGAAUGAAAACUAUUCAGAUUUGGUACAGAAAGUAAACUUGAAAAGCUCUACUCUGACAUCAGUGUAAUUUAUUGUUACAGUAAAUAUAAUCAUAGUAGAAACAUCUUUUAUUUUAUAUCACCUUAAAAUCAUUUUGAUGAAUUAGUAAAUCAUUAAAUAAGUGUAAUAAAAAAAUAUAGCAAGAGAGUA